UGAAGUAUACUCGCAACUUCGUCAGGUUUGGUGUGCUGGAAUUCCCAAGUGGUGCAAUGGGUUGAAGUGACGCCAUAUUCAACUAAAGAUGGCGGCGACGUUUUGUGAGAUAGACAUUGAGGACCUGGUGUUCUAUGAGCGGUGUGGCGGCGGCACAUUUGGCAGCGUGUAUCGGGCGCUGUGGAAGUCGCAGGACAUGGUCGUGGCUGUCAAGAAACUUCUCAUGCUCGAGAAGGAGGCCCAGGUGUUGAGUGUUGUCAGCCAUCGGAACAUCAUCCAGUUCUAUGGUGCUGUCACUGUUGACCCCAAUGUGUGCCUUGUUACUGAAUAUGCCCCCAACGGUUCUCUCUAUGCCUACCUCACUAACCCUGAAAAUCAGCUGGAUUUUCAACAGAUUCUCACCUGGGCCAAGGAAAUUGCCACAGGGAUGCACUACCUACACUGUGAAGCUCCCGUCAAAGUCAUACAUCGAGACCUCAAGUCCAAGAAUGUGGUCAUAUCAGAUGACUGGUCAUGUAAGCUGUGUGAUUUUGGUGCAUCCAAGUUCAUUGGCAGUACAACCAGGAUGUCACUGGCGGGGACGUUCCCGUGGAUGGCGCCGGAGGUGAUUCAAAGUCAGCCUGUGUCGGAGUCCUGUGAUACCUGGUCCUACGGUGUGGUGCUGUGGGAGCUACUGACUCACGAAGUGCCGUUUAAAGGAAUCGAGGGCUUCCAGGUGGCAUGGCUGGUGGUGGAGAAAGGGGAGAGAUUGUUGGUGCCAAGUACUUGUCCGUCCUGUUUUGGGCAGCUGAUGAAAGAUUGCUGGGAACUUGAUCCAAAGAAGCGACCAACUUUUAAGCAGAUUCUUGCCCGUCUCGAUGCCAUGCUGCAGGAUGAAAGUUUACCAGAUCAAACCAACUCUUUCCUUGAACAUAAAGAAAUAUGGAGGAAGGAGAUACAGACGACCCUGGAGCGUCUGAAGCGAGCUGAGAUGGAGCUAGGGGUUAAGGAGCGUCAGCUGAAGGAACGCGAACUGAAAAUCAAGGAACGAGAGAAGAACCUGGAACAGCAAUUUAAAGUUGUUCAACUUGACACACAUGAUGUAAACACAUGGCGUGAAGUAGAUGUGUAUCAGUGGGUGAUGCAGCUGGGAGCUUCUGAUCAUACCAGUGACUUGGCCCAGUAUGCCGACCGCUUCCUACAGCACAACAUAAAUGGACGACGCCUCCUGAAACUCUCUCAGAAUGAUCUGUCGAUUGUGGGAGUUAAAAGCCACGGUCAUGUUCUAGAUCUACAUAUGGAAAUCAGUUUAUUGAAAGCUCAUAACCAGAGACUAUUAAACUUCCCCCCUCUUUCAAAGGAGCAGAGUGCAGUGCAGGCCGCCAACGCCGACUUCAAGACCGUCACGCUCACUCUCAUCUUCGGUCACCAUGUGAGGCACGGUAAAACCCCCCAGGAGCACAAGUGGAAGAUGUACCUGGAAAUAGACGAGGAUGAUGAUGAUGUUAUUGCCGACCCUCUGACUCUCAUCAAGGAGGUGGUCUUCACCUGCAAGGUGCCCAACUACGGCUCCUUUAAACUGAAACAGCCUCCGUUCAUCAUGGAGAAAUGGUGCCUGGGUAUUGAGCCGGCCAUGACCAUUGAAUGUGUCGUCACAUACGAGACGAGCGUCAGGAAGCCCAAGAUGACCCGACACCUCCAUCACCUGGACGUGUCCAGUUCCACUCCACAGCAGAAAGCAGUCACCUUGACUCUUGAACACGCAGAGACACCUGGAGACACUCCCAAUACCCCCUCUCCCAUCACAAAACGCCGCCCCAAGACAAGCUCCCCACAGCUCCAAGGGGAUUGGCAUAAGAGGGAGACAAUACGAUCUCUCCAUGUGGACGUCCCAGAACACCCUGCAGUGAAGUCCGACCUGUGGUCGAGCAUCGUGGCCAGGAGGAAGCCUUCCCUCACCUCACUGCAGCCGAAGCCCAUCCCUGGGACCAACAUGUCCCUCUACACUCCGCCCCCCUUCGACUGCAGCAACCACAACCAGUUCCCCAACACCCUUGGCUCCGCAUCACCCAGCAUCCCCCGGGAUGAACAAGGUCAAGGUAAUCGCAGUGCCAAAGUCAGCUUCUUCCUUGACGAGGAGUCUUCUGGGAGCAAUGAGAGUGGAUUUAGCGAGGCUCCUCAGACUCCAGGGGUUGGUAGGGGGAUGGGGAGCUAUGCCGAGGCGUGUCGCACGGACCAUCUGGGUGGGAGCGGGAGAGGGGCUAGUAGGGCAAUCAGGGGGAGUGUUGGCAAGGGGGAUGGUGAAGACGGGCAAGAGUUUGAGGGGUCCUGGAUGAAGGUGGCAAGUGAACCUAAGUUUGGAAGUCCUCCACCUUAUGAACGGAGCUAUCGGCGGACAGUCAGUGAUGGGCAGGCAAACAAUAGGGGGCGCGGGGGUAGGAGGGGGAGAGGGUUGUACAUUGACACGGGAGGGAGGGGGCGGGGUUACGAUGGGUAUAGGGAGGGUGACAAGUAUGGAGGGAGGGGUGGGUCUCGAUACAGGGGGCGGGGUAAUGAUGAGUUUCGGGGGCGGUAUGAUGGAUCUAGAGACAGGGGUAGGGGUUCUGAUGGGUUUAGAGGGCGGGGUAACGAUGGGUUUAGAGGGCGGGGUAAUGAUGGUUUUAGAGGGCGGGGUAACGAUGGGUUUAGAGGGCAGGGUUCUGAUGGGUUAAGAGGGCGGGGUAAUGAGGGGUUUAGAGGGCAGGGUAAUGAGGGGUUUAGAGGGCGGGGUAAUGAGGGGUUUAGAGGACGGGGUAAUGAGGGGUUUAGAGGACGGGGUAAUGAGGGGUUUAGAGUGCGGGGUUCUGACUUUAGAGGGCAGGGUGGUGACAUCUCCAGGGACAGAGGGAAGGGUGAGGAGAGUUUCAGAAACAGAGGAGGUGGGUAUGAUCGAGAUCCACGAAGGACAGACCAAAACAACCAGGGGAAGGAGGAAUAUCAGGUAGGGGAUGAGGCAUGGGAUAAAGAUGGGGAAGAAAAUCGCAGGGGGCAUGGGCAAUGGGCAGGGGCUCAUCAAGGUUGGAGACAGAUCAGUACAGAUGGGGGGUUUGAGGAGGGGGAACAAGGAGGGUCCGUUAGGGGGAACCGCAGGUACGGAGAACGUGGGGCAAGACACACCCGGGGCAGGGGGAGUGCAGAGAGACGGGGGGGACACAGGGGCAGAAGAGGGAUCCGAGACAGCCAGGACUCAAGACCUCAUUCAGGGCAACGUACUGACACACAGACACAACUCAACCCUGGCACCAUGUCAAAAGACAUUACAGAUGAUGAAGAAAGAAACGGCAGCCAGGAUUGGACGACGAUCACCCGAGGUCGCAGCGCAAGUCAAACCUCAAAUGGUUCCAACUGCUCAUUGUCAGGUCAGAGGUCAAGGUCAGCUGGUCAUCAAAGUCAGGGUUUAUUGAGAAGAAAUCGCCCAACGAGUCCGUCGAGAGACACGUCCAGCCAAUACAGAUAA